UGCUAUUUAUCUGCCCCACACACAAUUCUGUUUCUUCUUUGUUAAGACUCGAGAGUCGAGAAACACUGCUCUCUCCCUCCCUCUCUGAGACAGGUGCGGUGCGGUGCGGUGGUCCGCUAUGAAAAGCCAAUCUUCAGUUUCCUCUGAUAAGCAACUACCAAGCUGAUCACAUUUCUGUUUGCACAAACUCUGCAGAGGCAAGGUCAAGUAGAUAGAUGGAGGACCUUGGAGAUUAUGCUUUUAAUUAUUUUGCUAGAGGGAAACAGUAUUAGACUGAGGAUCAGCAGCACUUUGAGUUCAUUUCUGUAAGCAUUUCGGCUUGACUGUUAUUCCGUUCUUUGAAAUAAAGCCUUCGAUGCGAGCAUUAGAAUUUCACAGUAGUUUGGACAAGUCUAGCAGAUUGUUCCACCAACCGAUGCAUCAAGUUGUUUCGUACUGCCUGCCGCAGUUUCAAAGUUCAGACCACCAGCAAUGCUACAAUGGCAGCAGCCAGGGAACCCACCUUGUUCAGAAUUCCAUAGAACGGUAUUGCACCCUGGAGUCAUCUUCAGUGAGUGGUAGUUAUACAAUCUACAACUCUCCAUCAACUGUCAGUUUCUCCCCUAGCGGAGGCCCUAUGUCACAACGGGAGUCUCAGUCCUUUCCAUCUGAAACACUCCAUUCCCCUGACAAUGCCUAUGGCUCUCCAAGAAGUGGAUCCUGCAUCACGGAUGAUGCGAAUGACUUUAGGCACAAGCUAAGAGAACUGGAAAAUGUAAUGUUGGGACCCGACUCUGAUAUUAUUGAUAGCAUUGAGAGUACCUUACAGGAUGGAUCGAACAAUACUUCAUCAGGGGUAGACAGCUGGAGACAAAUAAUGGAGACAAUUUCUAGAGGAGACUUAAAACAGGUCUUGAUUGCAUGUGCUAAAGUAGUGUCAGAAGAUGAUCAACUAAUGGCACAAUGGUUGAUGGGUGAAUUACGUCAGAUGGUGUCUGUUUCUGGCGAACCAAUCCAGAGGUUGGGAGCAUACAUGUUGGAAGGGCUUGUUGCACGGCAGGCGUCCUCAGGGAGUUCAAUCUACAAGGCUCUGAGAUGUACAGAGCCGGAAAGUGCGGAGCUCCUUUCUUACAUGCACAUUCUUUAUGAGGUCUGCCCUUACUUCAAAUUUGGAUACAUGUCUGCAAAUGGCGCAAUUGCUGAAGCCAUGAAAGAUGAAGAUAGAGUUCACAUCAUCGAUUUCCAAAUAACACAAGGGAGCCAGUGGGUCACUCUAAUCCAGGCAUUUGCAGCUAGGCCUGGGGGCCCCCCUCACAUACGUAUAACUGGUAUUGAUGAUUCGACAUCAGCUUAUGCCCGUGGAGGAGGACUGGGUAUUGUUGGAAAGAGGCUGUCGAAGCUUGCUGAGUUAUUUCAGGUGCCUUUUGAGUUCCAUGCUGCAACCAUGACUGGUUGUGAGGUUCAGCCUCAAAAUCUGGGGGUUCGGCCAGGGGAGGCACUUGCUGUAAAUUUUGCAUUUAUGCUGCAUCACAUGCCUGAUGAGAGUGUCAGCACUGAAAAUCAUCGGGAUCGGCUUCUAAGGCUGGUCAAGGGCUUGUCUCCAAAGGUAGUGACCCUUGUUGAGCAGGAAUCUAACACAAAUACUGCUGCUUUCUUCCCCCGGUUCCUUGAGACACUGGACUAUUAUACAGCUAUGUUUGAAUCAAUUGACGUGACCCUUCCAAGGGAGCACAAGGAGCGGAUCAAUGUGGAGCAGCACUGCCUGGCGAGGGAAGUUGUUAAUAUCAUAGCGUGUGAGGGACCAGAGAGAGUGGAACGGCAUGAGCUUCUUGGAAAAUGGAAGUUACGCUUUAAAAUGGCAGGGUUUGCUCCUUACCCUUUAAGUUCUUUGGUGAAUGCCACCAUUAAAACACUCCUCGAUAACUAUUGUGACAAAUACAGACUCGAAGAAAGGGAUGGAGCUCUUUAUCUUGGCUGGAAGAACAGAGCUUUGGUCGCUUCUUGCGCCUGGAAGUGAACCUGGAACCAGUUGAUGCCCCUAUUUAGGAGCCGGGACUGCUAGUCGAGGAAGAAAUUCUGAUAAUUCUGUUGUUUUGCUUUUCUCUAUGCCUUUUUUUUUUUUUGUUUCAGUGUAAUCUCCUAAUGGCUUUUGAGAAAGCUGGUUAUCUCAGCCUCGGCUUCUGCAUUUUUACAUAAUCAAAGUUGGCCAUUUUCCUUGAGACCAUUUCAAUGAUAUGGGUAUUUUCUUU